AGACACAUACUGAAAACACAACAACCACUUAACACAAACACAUCAAGAAAAUUCAAAGAAGAAGAAAAAUGGUGAAGGUGAUGUCGGUUUCCGUUUUAGCUCUCGCAGCGGCGAUUCUCCUGGUGACUGUGGCCAAAAUCCCGGUGACAGAAGGGGUAACUUGCUCGCCGAUGGAGCUGACUCCAUGUGCGGCGGCGAUGACGUCAUCUUCGCCACCGUCACAAGCAUGCUGCGCUAAGCUGAGAGAGCAGAAGCCAUGCCUUUGCGGGUACUUGAGGAACCCUAGCCUCCGCCAGUACAUUAACUCUCCUAACGCAAGGAAAGUCACCAGCAGUUGCCAGAUUGCUACCCCAAACUGUUAAAAAGGAUUGUUAAUCACGUUUUAUUAAUUAACGACAUCUUUUCGCUGAUUAUGAAGUGGUUAAUUACUAGUUAAAGUAUGUCAGUACUAUCUAUAAUAAUACUAGGUGAUGAUGAUCAUGAUCAUACCUAAAUGUUAUGUAUGUUUCUAUGUUAUCUUAUACUUCUUAGGUUUCAAAAUAUAUGAUGUUUUGAAUAAAAGCAGACAUAUUAAAACAA